GGGCAGGGCAGGGCGGCGGCUUCCGGCAGGAGGAUGGAGCGGUUCGUGGUGCGCCGGGCCCGCUCCCCGCAGAGCCCCCGCCGGGCCCGGUCGGAGCCCCGCGCCUACCGGCAGGCCACGCUCGAGUCCCUUAAGAGGGUGGUCGUGGUGGAAGACAUAAAGCGCUGGAAGGCGAUGCUUGAGCUCCCCGGGCAGCCCAGAGAAAACCUGAUGGAAGCUUUGGGGGAACUGAAGAAGAAAAUCCCUUCCAAGGAAGUGCUGCUGUCCACAAAAAUAGGUCACACUGUGAACAGGAUGCGCAAACAUUCCGACCCCGACGUGGCCGGCCUUGCCAAAGACGUUUACACGGAGUGGCGAGCUUCCAUCAAACACCACGCAAAUAGGCCCUCAAUAGAAGUCAGGAGCGAUCCCAAGACUGAGGCUUUCAGAAAGAACGCACGGAAGCUGCUUUGUGAAGCCCUGGAUCUAGAGAUUGAUCACCCACUGGCUGAAAAUAUUGAGCGAGAAGCUUUUCAUCUCUCCUCCCGUCUCAUUAGCGCGCCGUACCGCAGAAUGGUGCGAGCUCUUGUCUUCUCAUUAAAGCACAGACCUGAAACCCGAGCAGAAGUCAAGACUGGCACGCUCACCGUCCCUGCAUUUGUACAGAGCCAUAAAAAGUGAGCUGCCGUGCUCGAUGCCGAGCGAGAACUUCGUGUGCCUGCGUCUGUGUGGAGCUGGGAACCCUUUCUGUCACAGGGGGAUUGCCGCAGUGCUGGCAGCGUGACUCACUUGGCUGAGGACAAGAGCUACCAGUGAUGAAAGUGGUGCUUUAAAUCUUCGUGGGGUUGCUGCACCAAAAGUUUCUCCCGCUCUGCUGUGUGUUUUCCUGGUUCAAAGCCAUCCCCGCUCGCUCGCCUGUUUCUGCUGGCAGUUUGUCAUGCCUCAGUUCGGCUCUAUCCCUGCCGUGGGCCUUCAGGUGUCAUUAGCUGAGUGGCGUAAGGGACCAUCUCUGUGCUGUGCUGCUGGGAAACACUGGGAAAUCGGGGUCGUGGUUUCACAGGAGGAGGUUCCUAAUGGAUAACUGUGAACCCUCAUUAAUCCUAAACCAGCCAAGUCCGCUGCGGCUGGGCCCUGUUUAGCCAAGCCAGGUGAUUUCCCCUACACCCACAGUGGGAUACAGAAUGGGUUUCAGUGGUUUUCUAUCCAUCCUUCCAUAGGCUCAUCCUGCAGCGGUGGGCAUUUUCUGACGGGGUGACAGCCAAAACGCCCUGGGGUAAAGGUGCUCUCAAAUACCUCUGCUUAACGAGCAGCUCGCUCGGACUUCCAUACCUCACUCAUGACAGAAACAUGGUGCUGUAGUAUUAAAAAGGAUGCUUUUUUAGCAUUAAAAAAAAAAAAAAAAACACCUUGAGAUGAAUUUUUUUAACUACAAUUACGUUGUAAGGAAAACAUUCCACAUCUGGGCUCUUUUCCUCUGUAAAGAGCGCGUUUCAGAAUGAUGGUGUAAGCAGAUUUAAGCAACAAACUGCUCUUUGAAUUGCUACCACUUAUUAAAACCUGGAAUCCUUACCUUUCAUAUUCUGGUUUCUUCAGUGCCACGAGCCAUCUUGUUCUCUCUACGCUAUUAUUAAGGCUGUGACAGGCAGCGUCUUUCUCUAGUGGUGAAUAAAGUGCUCUCUGUUCUCUGUGCGUGUA